AGCGCCCAGGACGCACCCUCGGAAGCGCCCAGUCCGGUCUGGCCGCGUGAUGACUCCCCUCGGGGCCGCGGGGGUCUUCUGCGUGUUGUCCUUGCUCGUCCCAGAUGUGGCCCUGCAAGUGAUCAUGAAGGUCCCCAACACCACCGUGUCUGAGAAGGCCGCCUUCCAGCUGGACUGCAGCAUCCUGUCUCGCUCCAGCCACAACUCCCGCUUCGCUGUGACCUGGUUUUCCCUGAGGACAAAAGUCAGCGGGGAAAAGGGUAGCCCUGGCCUGGGAGGACAGGAGGAACAGGGAGAGGACCCCACCGAGCGGAGGGCACUGCUGAGCAUAGAUGCUGACGGGGUCUUCAGCCCAGAAGGAGGCCCCUGGGAGGACAGACUCCACUUCCAGAGGCCCUCGCUGCUGCUCUUCCGGCUCACGGUGCUGCAGGCCAGCCCGCAGGACACGGGCAACUACUCCUGCCGCGUGGAGGAGUGGGUGCCCAGCCCUCAGGGAGAUUGGUACCGCCCAAGGGAAGAGGAGUCGGCCCCCAUCGGCAUCCAUGUCCUGCACACCAGCUCCACCCUGCAGUCCAGGGUCUGCUCCAACAAGGUACUCUUCGACUUCGUCUUCUACUACCCCCUCCCCAUCUUAGGCAUCAUCGUCAUCAGGUUCCUGAAGCGGUGCUGCGAUUGCUGAAAUCCCAUAAGAACUCCGAAGGGCAUUAUGGGGUGCCCCUGUUAUGGAUCAAAGAGCCACACCUGAACUACUCCCCGACUUGCUUGGAGCCCCCGGUGCUCAGCAUCCACCCAGGAGCCAUAGACUAAGGGGCCUCCGUGGAUGUCGACCUGGGAGGAGCCGAGAGACUCUUUGCCGCCUCUGCUCCGUGACUGUCCUGCCGGCCGCGCCCGCGCUGCGGUGCCCAGAGAUGUUCAGACUGGACAGCGGGCGGAGGCGCCGCGCCACAGAGCCAGGCUGCCUCCUAACUUAGAAACUGAGUCAGGGAGGGCGGUGUCUGACUGUUUUCUGAUUGGAAAGAUGCAGAGGGCUGCCUGGGACGGGUGUGCAACUAAGAUUUGGGUUUGAAUGGGUUCACAGCUGUAGAAUAGCAGGUGCUGCAGGUAAUUCAAUAUGUGAAGCAGUUGCAGGAAACUUGAAAGACAAAAGAAACUGGAGCCAGUACUUCAAUAAUUUUUUUUUCCUCUGUAUUUUCUACUGACCUGGGGGAGGCCUUCCAAAGGUGAGCCUCUCCAAGCUUUCCAUGAAAAUCCCCAGGACCUGCUUGCUUUGCCCAUGUCUUGGGAACUGUGGUGUCCGAGGACAGGAUAUGGCGCCCUCCAGUGGCCGCGGGGCCUCAUUGCACGUUGCCCGCCGGAGCUUCCGUGGUCUGGACCAAGAGGAAAUCUGCAGCCACUGGCUUGACUUGGGCACAUCUCCGAGGCUGCAUGGAUGAAACACCACACCGUGCGAGGCCCGUUCCAGGACACGGAGAGGACCGCACCCUCUCUCCCCUGGGGGUUUCUGUAGCAGAUUUUCCUAUUCUUUUCAAACUAUGGUUUCUCUGCGUUGAUGAUUGAAGGGAAAAAAGGUGGGGUCAGAAAGCUCCCCGUGCAUGAUGUAGAGAGCUGUUGGUUUGCUUUUGUUGCUUUUUUUUAAGGAACACUCUUUGUAAGAUGUUGCACUAAAAUGUUUUAUAUGCAUUUCAGAGACCUGUAGUAAAUUAUGUUGAAAAUAUGGCUGUUUGCAUUCCCUGGCGGCCGCUGUCCUUCCUCCCCCAGCCUGAGUGGUGCCUUC